GCAGCAGCCACUCUAAAUGCAUUUGUCCACCUUUCUCUCCUAUUCAUCCAUCUUUUCCCUAAUUCAGACACCCUCCCUCCUUUUCUCUUAUAUUAACUAGUUGUUUUUUCAACCCAAAAAAACAACUAGUUAUUUUCCUUUAAUAGUUUUCGCCAGAACCUAGGAACCUAGAAAGCUAGCGCUUAGCAUCUGCAGCAGCAGCCAUGGCAGCUAAUAAGGUGGCCUACCUCUCCCUUCUUUAUAUGACUCUUGGUUUGGUACUAGUGGCCACCGUUUCUGCUGAUCCUGACCUGCUUCAAGAUGUUUGCGUUGCUGAUCUUUCUUCUGGUGUGAAGGUGAAUGGAUUCACCUGCAAGGAAAACAUAUCGGCAGAGGACUUCUUCUUUGCCGGUUUGGCUAAACCAGGUCUCACCAACAAUACAUUCGGCUCCUUGGUCACUGCUGCCAAUGUUCAAAAGAUCCCAGGACUCAACACCUUGGGGGUAUCCAUGUCCCGCAUUGACUACGCCCCUGGUGGCUUAAACCCACCCCACACACAUCCACGUGCCAGUGAGAUGGUCUUUGUCCUUGAAGGCCAACUGGACGUGGGGUUCAUUACCACUGCUAACGUUUUGAUAUCAAAGACCAUCAAGGUGGGCGAGACAUUUGUUUUCCCCAAAGGCUUAGUUCAUUUCCAGAAGAACAACGGUCAAGUCUCAGCUGCAGUGAUUGCUGCAUUCAAUAGCCAGUUGCCAGGAACUCAGUCAAUUGCAGCCACAUUGUUUGCAGCCCAACCACCCGUGCCUGACCAUGUCUUGACCAAGGCUUUCCAGGUAGGUACCAAGGAGGUCCGUAAGAUCAAGUCCAGGUUUGCACCUAAGAAGUAGAUGAUUGGUUGACUGUAUAAAAACACAAGUACGUACGCUAGGUUUUGAUUAUAAAUUAAUAAAUCUUACAGCUGUGCCUAGCUGGGGUUUUUUGAUUGUUAUUCUUCCUGUAACAGUUUUUUAAAGGGAGAAAUUUGUGUUUGAUGGAUCAUCUAGGAGAUUAAAUGAUUAAUCGACAUGUAAUCUUCUACAGACCGUUCUUCCACUGAAUAAAAUAUCAAAGCAUCAAUUUGUUGUUUUAGCCA